AUGGAUGUCGUCUAUGCUCAGACCAUUUCAUCUCAGCAGCAGCAGCAGGAGGAGGAGAAGGAGCAGCAGGAGCAGCAGGAGGAGGAGCAGCAGGAGCAGCAGGAGGAGGAGGAGCAGCAGGAGCAGCAGCAGCAGCAGCAGCAGGAGGAGGAGGAGCAGCAGGAGAAGCAGCAGCAGGAGGAGCAGCAGGAGAAGCAGCAGCAGGAGGAGCAGCAGGAGCAGCAGCAGCAGCAGCAGCAGCAGCAGCAGGAGGAGGAGGAGCAGUAG